CUCUGCUAAAGGAUGUGUUGUUGGAACAAAAUCUAAAGAAAAAAGGUCUACCAGCAUGAAGUGAGGAAGGAUGUGAUCUAGCUACUCACUCCAUUUCCAGGACAUGAUUUCACAGAGCAGAGGAAGAAUUUGGGAAGGCACAGGGAGGCAGGUGCACUGGUUUAUUCUUGCGUACCUUCUCCUCCUGGCUCUACCAUGCAUGGGCUUCCUACCCAACUUUUGGUCUCGAGUGUUAACACUGUCCUGGGACUCGCGCACACACCAGUACAUCACGGAGCAGGCGAUUCUCAAUGUCACCCUAGAGACUUUGAGGGGUGGCAAAAAACACCAGGCAAGCCAUGCAGAGGAACAGACCAGACUGGACCGUGGCUUCUGGAGAGCUGUGGGAGAGGUGGUGAAGUCCAACGCGGCCAUGGACUUCCUGAGCUCCACCAGGUCCGACCCGGUGUACCACUUUGAUUCAGAGCACGUGGACAGCGCCAUAGAGAUGUUACGGCAGUUCUGGGCUCAGACUUUGCUUUCAGUACGGGCCAAAGAGUACCAGAGUGCUCGUCACAGUUUGGGCCAGCUAUUUCACUCCCUGCAGGACUUCUACAGCCACAGUAACUGGGUGGAGAUGGGCCAGCGCUUCAUUUACCUCCACCUGCUGCAGCCAGAGGAGCCUGCCAUACCUGUGGCUAAAGAAGACACUCCUACCUGUAUGGAGUGCUUCAGUGUCACCUGUCGAGACAACCUGCUGCCAAGACUGACAAGCACACAGCAAGACUCCCGGCUGCUCACCACUGGCUACUUCAGCACUUUCCCUCCAAAACCUCAGGGAAAAUGUAGUCAUGGAGGUAUUCUGGACAGUAGCCGCUAUAUGGGGGCCAAAGGAGGCAUCAACAAGGACAGCACCUCACCUUUCUUCUCCCCUCACCAUUACCUCCAUGUGGAAGCUGCCACUUUGGCUACUGAGGCCACGCUGAGUGUACUGAGAGACCUCAGAGACACUGUGGGCAACAAAAUCUUCCUCCGGCUUUUCCACGUGAAGCAGAUCCCUGCGUUGGUGUUUGUCAUAGACACCACAGGCAGCAUGUUUGAGGAGAUCACGGCUGCUCGCCUCAGGGCCCACUCCAUCAUCCAGAGCAGAGCCAGCAGACCUGGGCAGCCUGGCACCUUUCUACUUGUGCCCUUCCAUGACCCAGAGGUAGGACCAGUGUAUGAGACCGAUGACCCAAAACAGUUUAUGGAGCACAUGGAGAACCUGAUGGCGCUGGGAGGGGGAGACGAACCAGAGAUGUGCCUCUCUGCCAUUCAGCUGGCGCUCACUCACAGUCCACCGCUGUCAGAGAUCUUUGUGUUCACUGAUGCUUCCCCUAAAGACGCCCACUUGUUUGAUGCGGUGAAAGCCCUCGCACUUGAGAAAAAGAGCAAGGUGACCUUUCUCCUAACCGAAGACCCCAACUACACAACAGAGAGCAGAGUAAGGUGGAGGAGAAGGAGGAGGAGGAAGAGGAGGGAAGCUUUGUCCUCUGAUCGUUUCUCUCUUUAUUCUUCACUGUCCUCUCUGUCAGGAGGACUCACGAUAUUCACCACGAACUCUGACAUCCACAGGGUCUCUACCAUAGUGGAGGAUAACACAGCAGCUGACAAGGUGACACUCCUCCAUGUAGAAAGUGACCAAGAGUUGAUGUCCUCCCACAUCUUCCGAGUUGACAGCUCAGUAAGAAACGUCACACUGCAUGUCACUGGCAUCCUGAUAAGGUGUAUCCUUACCAGUCCAUCAGACCAAAGCCAGUCUCUGUUGAGCGAGCAAAGCCCUCUGGCAGAGGUGGAGCGCUUCGAUGGUCUGUACCGCAUCAGCCUACUCUCUCCUAUGCAGCCAGGCCAGUGGAAACUCCAAACCAAGAGUGAUGGACAUCUCAUAUUCAAUGUAAUAGCUGACAGCAGUAUAGAUUUCCUGUAUUACUUUGCCACUGUAACCAAUGAGACACACCCAGGUCUGGCCAGAGUCGAGGGUAGUCCUGUGGCAGGUGUCCCUGCCUUUCUGGUUGUGGCUGUGACAGGCCUGGCUCCAGAGGAGGAGGUAUCUUUCAGUCACUUGACGCUGCUGGGAGGUGAUGGUGAGAUCGUCCAGCUGGUGAAGCUGAAUUCUUCCUCCUCUUCAUCAUCCUACUCUGUGGAGGAGCUGGUGGGAUGGGUGGACUCUGUUCCCAGAGUUUCGUUCUAUGCUCGACUAACAGGCCAAGACCGCAGAGGAAACAAGCUGGAGAGGGUUUCAACAGAGAUGGUUCAGCCCACUCACGUUGAAAUACAGGUGUAUUCUGUCCCCCGCCUGGUACCUGGUCACAGCACAACGGUGAACUUUGACAUCCUGAACCAUGGCCCGGCCCGACCCUUCAGUCUGACUGCUGAUGACGACUGUGGAUAUCUUCAUAAGAGAGGGCCUCACAGGUUUCAUGUUGCGGAACAAGGGUCUUUCCGCGGUCAGGUGGACCUCCACACUCCUGCCACGGCUCAGGCAGGAGCAACUGUCACCCUUACCCUCACUGUGCAUGCUCUUGACUCACCAGACUCAAAUUAUGCAGUGGCCUACUUGACUGUGGUCCCCCCGGAUCCUGACACGUCCCCACCAUCCUGCUCCCCGACACACGUGCAAUCUACCUGUCCUUCCAUUUGCAACGAGUCUAGCUGGACUGUAUCUUUGGUCGUGUCAGACAGGGGGCGCUCCGGCCUCGCUGCUCUUCAGCUACAGAAGGGUGAAGGCAUUGUGACUUUAUUCCACAGCCUCCCACCGAAAGAGGACAGCCUGGGAGAGGCCCAGUCCAGUCCCGACCAGGAACAGGAACACAGGGACAAGACCAAAAGCAGAGACCACGACCAGCAAAACAAGGCCAGAUUACAGAAAGGAGACCUCCCUUUAAAUGUAUCUGAAUGGGAUCUGGGUUCAUCUCAGCCACUGUGGGUGAGGUACACAUCCAGCUGCUGCUCUGCUCAGGCAGAGCUGCUGGUGUGGGACACAGCUGGAAACAUGAAGCGCUGCCGUCUAACAUCUGGCCAGCAGAGGCAGCCAACAGACACGAGUAUAGAUACCAGUGGGGCUGAACGGAUUACACUUACAGGUGUCUUUGUCUUGUUGGGUCUGCUGUGUUCUUUUAUGCUUUAGGUGGAUGUGAUUACAAAUGUUUUGCAGGUCAAACCAAUCUACGUGUUGAUCACUGGAUUCCAGCAGCCCACACACAGAGCUACACAAAAGGACAGAGACAGAUCAAACUGCAAGA